GCUGGAGAAUGCAAGUGAGCAGCGGGAGCUCGGCUAGGGUUUCUACUUUCCCCAUUGAAACGCGAAUCUUUCUCCCGUUUUUCGCAGAUGACACGGGUUUAAAUGGCCAGAGGCCGUGCCGGAUGCCGUUAAAAUGGAUAUUAAAACUGCGGUUUUUAACGCGGCUCGAGAUGGAAAGGUGAAACUUAUUCAGAAGUUGCUGUACAACAAAAGUCAACAGGAGUUAGAGGCACUUGCAGAGGAGAAAACCCAGGGAGGCACACCGCUGUUAAUCGCGUCACGGUAUGGUCACCUGGAGGUAGUCGAUUACCUUCUUCAGCAUUGUAAAGUUAAUGCCGAACAUGGGGGUUCAGUUAAUUUUGACGGGGAAACUAUUGAAGGAGCUCCGCCUCUUUGGGCAGCUUCGGCUGCGGGUCACUUGCCCGUUGUGCGCAGUCUGCUGAAGCACGGUGCGUCCGUCAACAGGACGACUCUAACCAACUCCACGCCGCUGCGCGCCGCCUGCUUCGAUGGUCACCUGCAGAUUGUCCGCUACCUGGUGGAGCACCAGGCUGACAUGGAGGUGGCCAACCGGCACGGACACACCUGCCUCAUGAUAUCCUGCUACAAGGGCCACAAGGAGAUAGCCAAGUUCCUGCUGGAGAGGGGCGCGGACGUCAACCGCAGGAGCGUGAAAGGUAACACCGCGCUCCACGACUGUGCGGAAUCGGGGAGCCUGGACAUCAUGAAGAUGCUUCUGAAGUGCAACGCCCACAUGAUACGGGACGGGUACGGCAUGACGCCGCUUCUGGCUGCCAGCGUGACGGGCCACACCAACAUUGUGGAGUACCUGGUGCACCAGCCUCGCACCGCGCGCAAGGAGCGCGUCGACGCCCUGGAGCUGCUGGGCGCCACGUUCGUCGACAAGAAGCGCGACCUGCUGGGCGCCAUGCGCUACUGGCGGCGGGCGAUGGAGCUGCGCCAGCCCGGCGGGGACAGGACAGGGGUCAUGGUCAAGCCGCCCGCGGGGUCACCGGUGGCGGCCUACGACUACGCCCGCGAGGUUAGCUCGGCGGAGGAGCUGGAGGCGCUCAUCACCGACCCGGACGAGAUGCGCAUGCAGGCCCUGCUGGUGCGGGAGCGCAUUCUGGGGCCCUCGCACCCGGACACGUCCUACUACAUCCGCUACCGCGGCGCCGUCUACGCCGACUCGGGCGACUUCGAGCGCUGCGUGGGCCUGUGGAAGUACGCGCUGGACAUGCAGCAGGGCAGCCUGGACCCGCUCAGCCCCAUGACGGCCAGCAGCCUCCUGUCCUUCGCCGAGCUCUUCUCCUUCGUGCUCCAGGACCGCGCCAAGGGCACCGUGGCGACGCGCGUCACCUUCCACGACCUGAUGGCGGUGCUGAGCAAGAGCGUGCGCGAGGUGGAGCGGGCGGUCGCCCAGCGGGACGCCCCGCCGGAGGCGCCCCAGUUCACCAAGGUGCUGUCCAUCAUCCUGCACCUGGUCUACCUGCUGGAGAAGCUCAGCUGCACCCCGGAGGAGGAGCACCAGAAGAAGCAGACCGUGUACCGGCUGCUGAAGCUCCACCCUCGCGCCCGGAACGGCUACACCCCGCUGCACAUGGCGGUGGACAAGGAAACCACCAGCGUGGGGCGCUACCCGGUGGGCCGCUUCCCCUCCCUGGCCGUGGCCACGCUGCUCCUGGAGUGCGGGGCGGACCCGGAGGCCCGCGACCUGGACAACAACACGCCGCUGCACGUGUGCGCGCUCAGCGGCUGCCCCGAGGUCAUGGGCGCGCUGGUGAGGGGCGGCGCCCACUUCGACGCCACCAACGCCCGGCGCAGGACGGCCCACGAGCUGCUGAGCGAGCGCUGCGCCAGCCGGCACGCCCUGCGGCCCCUGGCCUACGUCUCCCUGCAGUGCCUGGCGGCCCGCGCCAUCGAGAGGCUGAGACUGCCCUACAAAGGCCUCGUCCCGGAGGACAUGGAGGCCUUCAUCGAGUUGCACUGAACUUUGACCUCUGACCUCUUACCUGCCUCUCUUCAUGUCAGGGGUGCACAACGAUGGCUGAUUUCAAGCCAUCCACUGCUCCCUCGCCACUGAAUACAAAAUGUAAAAAUAAAAAUAUAUACAUAGAGGCUUAAAUUUGUGAGCCACGGCUAGCAGGCUGCAGGAAAUGUUUUACGUUUGGUUUGAUAUUGGGAGGGAGUAUACAUGUUGGCGUUGUAUACAGCUGUGUAGAAGACUAAGCCAGGGUAAUUUGGUAUGAGCAAAAACCAACAUGCACACAGCGGCCCUCCUGGAAUGGACCUAUGCACCCUCGCUGUACACGUCUCAGUCUUCCUAGGCAUUUGACUGAGCCCCAGAACAGUAAUGUAAUAGCACUUGCCACUCUUUGCACAGUCAUAUAAAUUAACUACUAGUGUACUUUUUUUUAUUUUUUUAUUUUUAUUAUUUCAUUUAAAAAUAGGGAAACUGUGAAGCCCUGGGCUAGGAAUAGCCCUAAAGAGCGAGAGGACCUCUAGGUUUGAUUUAAGGACUUAUCGUCGCCGCUGCUCCUGCGAUCACUGCUCAAGGCUGUGUGUUUCGUGUUGCACGUCAGCGGGUCAUUCGACACUGCAGACAGACUUAAAGAUGGGGGCAUGUGCUGUACAGUGCUGAGCUAGGUGGGAAUUUGGAGCGGGGUGUGUUUCUGUUUUGGUUACCAGUGUCAAAUGAUGCAUCCAUGUGAGGUUACGGAGUGGUUAGCAUAGUCUUUCUUUUUUUUUUUCUUCUUUUUUUUUUCUGUUCUUGCAAUUGAAUUGAAUUUUAUUGCCAAAAAAGUCCUUCUGGCUCCUUCAGUGCUAACGGGCUGCUUAUGGUUUGCUUUGUAUAGGCAGGGGCAACAUUUUUCAUACUGUGUGCCCAUCGUCCCUUCUCGUACCAUAUAGAGCUAUAUGCUUAAAUCUAAAGUGCCAGAAUAUCUUAAAUUCCACUUCUGUAAAGUUGUAGGCUACAGAUUUGGAUGUGUCGUUUCAUACAACUUAAAGGCUUAAAGCACUGUAAACCCUACAUGUCAACUGACUGCUGCUAUCUUGAAUAUUCUUCCUCUGUAUUUUGUUUUAUUUUAAUGUUGGAUUAUUUCCAAAUUCUACCUUCUUUUGGUUGAAAACUGGAGGGAAAGGAGCAGGUGAUUAUUACACCACAAGGGAUUGAUGUAGUCGCCCUGCUAGAAUCUAGCUCUUCCUGAGAAGUUAACCUUGUGGUUUAUGCAGGUUGUUAUAAAAGGGUCAGCUUGCUCCUUUGGACCCGGCUGAAAUUGAUGGACAGGUUUGGUUGUGAACAGAACUGGCCUCAGUCUUAUUUGGUGUUUUUAUUUUCUUGUUUGUUUUAUUUGACUAUAUCAUUUUUGUUGUUGUUGUUGUUAGCUGUUAAUUUUGCUGCAUUUAAAGCACUUUUGAAAAAGUCCCAGUAUUCUAUUGUGCAUCUAUGAACCGCGCUCAGUACCUCAAAAAGUCCUGUGUGUUAACAAAUGGAAUGACUUAACUGUCAGGAACAAAAACCAAAUGAAUAAAACACCUGAUCACAUGA